AUACAUACUCAAAGGCAAGCCUUCCUUUAUCUCUUUCCCUUUACAACAUUUUUUUUUGAUAAGACCCCUUUACAACUUCUUUCAUCUCCGAUAUCAUAACAUGGCGGCAAAGCUAAUAUCCACCGGUUUCCGUCAUACUACUUUGCCGGAAAACUAUGUCCGGCCACUCUCUGACCGUCCACGUCUCUCUCAAGUUUCUCAGCUUGAAGAUUUCCCUCUCAUCGAUAUAUCUUCCACAGAUCGAUCUCGGCUCGUCCAACAAAUCCACCAAGCUUGCGCCCGGUUUGGUUUCUUUCAGGUUAUAAAUCAUGGUGUUAGAAAAGCAACUAUAGAUGAGAUGGUGAGUGUUGCGCAUGAGUUUUUUGGCAUGUCUAUGGACGAAAAAAUGAAGCUAUACUCGGACGAUCCAACGAAGACACCGAGAUUAUCGACGAGUUUUAAUGUGAAGGAAGAAGAGGUUAACAAUUGGAGAGACUAUCUAAGACUCCAUUGUUAUCCUAUCGACAAAUAUGUCCAUGAGUGGCCUUCCAACCCACCUUCUUUCAAGGAAGUUGUGAGUAAAUACUGUAGAGAAGUAAGAGAAUUGGGAUUUACAAUAGAGGAAUUGAUAUCAGAGAGUUUAGGUUUAGAAAAAGAUUACAUGAAGAAUGUGCUUGGUGAACAAGGUCAACACAUGGCAGUCAACUAUUAUCCUCCAUGUCCUGAGCCUGAGCUCACCUAUGGUUUACCUGCUCAUACCGACCCAAAUGCCCUCACCAUUCUUCUCCAAGAUGCUACCGUUUGCGGUCUCCAGAUCUUGAUCGACGGUCACUGGUUCGCUAUUAAUCCUCGUCCUGAUGCUUUUGUCAUCAACAUUGGUGACCAGUUACAGGCAUUGAGUAACGGAGUUUACAAAAGUGUUUGGCAUCGCGCAGUGACAAACACUGAAAAACCGAGGCUAUCGAUCGCAUCAUUUAUGUGCCCUGAUAACGGUGCUGUCAUAAGCCCGGCAAAGCCCUUGUGGGAAGCCAAAGAGGAAGAGGCCAAGCCAAUCUACAGAGACUACACUUAUGCAGAGUACUACAAGAAGUUUUGGAGUCGGAAUCUGGACCAAGAACAUUGCCUCGAGAACUUUCUAAACGACUAGGUACCACCAAUGUCGGUUCUGAGCUAAAUCCCAUGAAACAGGAGCUUUAGGCGCUAGACGUUAUAAGUAAAUUGUGGGACGCCAUUUACCGAGAAUUUCUUUGGUAUAGAUGGUUGAGGCUUUGGAUUCGAUACCUCUAAAGGGCAGCUUUUCUUUAUUUGUGCUUUAGGAGUUGAGUUGUUCUAGACCGGAUACUGGGUACCACAUAUACAUAUGUCUAUCUUUGUGUUUACGAAGAGUACUACAAUAAGUAGCAGCAUACUACGACGUAUCCAUGUUUCAUUUAAGAUAUAAUAACAAUAAUAGCUACCA